CAAAUUUUUGCGAUAUGCAAGAGUGUAAUUUCGUUUGGAAAAGUAUGUGUGUGUGUGUGCAUAUACGCUACCGGUUCAAGAAUAGAAAAUACCGUUCAGAAAGCUUUUGCUAUUCAACGCAGUACCGAUUUUGAUCGCCAGACGUGAAGAUGUCUCUGGCUACGCGCACGGGUUAAAGGAAUUUUUUGGCAGUUUUUGAACGGAUUUGAGGCAUUAUUCGAUUAGUUUUUAGUAUUCUCGGUACAUUACCUGUAUGUUUUAAAAGAAGUGAAAUAGUUGAAAAGCCCGCAUACUGUUAAAUCAGGCAAAUAUAUGUAUAUGUUUUUCUAGUUUUGAAGACAGAUUUUUAAAAAUAAACAAAAAGUGACGUAACUUUUGCCCUGCGACAGAAGCUUUCGCCGUGAGGAAAAUGAGAGCGUAAACGAUACAGCAGUAAUGAGAGCAUUUUGAGAGAGCUCACGUAAACAUCAAUUAUACAAACAUACAUAUAUUUGUUUUUAUUUACUUUGUUAUGUUUAUAAACAAAUGAAAGUCACGUGUCUAACUGAACGGAAUCGGAUUAAAUCCGAGAACUAAUAGCAACAAUUCCCCUUUACAUAAAUGAGUGAGAAAUACCGGGUGAUAUUACAAACCGGUCUACGUACAUACGUUUUAUUUACUGAGAAACCGUUAGAACUCGUUAAUUUUGAAAAUGUCUAAAAAGUGUGGCGUUCGCUCGUUGAGCGAUAGUGCCUUGGCCGAACUGGCAAACCAGAUUGUUUCGACGAUCGGCUACGCCAAGUAUGCUCCCGACGUUGUGUUGGACAUCGACAUCGUGAUGGUGGACAUCAAUCAAUAUCUCGAGCAGACUGGCGCCACCUGGAACAUAUAUCAAGACCUUUUGCGGGUCAUACUCAGCUCCGACUACCUGGAUGCCAAUAUGCGUUUCACUUGUCUGCAAAUGCUGCUUAACGGCAGUGUAGCGUUUUUGGUCACCGAAGUCUUCCCCUUUUCGUAUUAUGAGAAGAUUCUGCAAGUGAUUGCCGCCCAGGGCACUGGAUUGCGUGUGCUCAACUUGAAGGGAGUGUGGGUCAAGGAGGAGCACAUGCAUUACCUCUUCGAAAUCGUGCGCAAAUGCAAGUACUUGACCAAGUUGUUUGUACCAUAUAUUGCCAACGACGAUCUGCUGGAGGUGAUUGCCAAACACUGUAGUCAACUGAAAGUAUUGGACAUAUCCGGCGAGACAGACAUCACCGAAAUCGGGAUAGAGUCUCUCAGUCACGGUAUGUGUAAUGAUAAGUUAACGGUCGUGGACGUUGGCAUGCCCGGCGAGGAGAAUAUCUGCUACUCAGAUAUUGCACUAAUAUUAGAGCACUGCCCCAAUGUGGAGACACUCUCCACCUACUCAUUUGUGGGUGCUUCGCUGAAGUUCGUGCAUGAUAAUAUUGACGAGAAUUUUACUUGCAAGCUGCGCUAUUUACACGACACCGGCACAGAUGAGGAGACGCUUCGUGUUAUUAUGAAGACUUGUCCGCACUUGGAAUCCCUAUAUCUGGACACACCUAAAGCCGGAUCACUUUCGGUGCUUACGAGCACAUUUCUAAGAAAACUGAAAGUCUACAAAUUUUCUUGCGCUGAAGUAAUGGAAGUGCUCGACAGAAUCGGACACAAUCUCAGCCACCUGACCAUGAUAAAGGGUGUUGGCCACAUGGAAAUAAGCGAAAUAGUCCGUGCCUGCCCCUUGUUGGUCGACUUGGACUGCUACAUGAUGGAUGGACUCUCCUAUACAAAGGACAGCAAUCGGUUUGAAUGCUUAGAGGGCUUGGAAAUGCUCAGCAGC